UAUCAAUACCCGUCCAACUUUUUAGCACCCCUCGCCUCGAGCAUUUAUUGAUCUGAAUAAUUUUGUGUUGGCGGCUUUGCAACACUCUUCAAACCAAAACCUGUAGGACUCGUUAGCCCGCAAGGCUGACAGGCGACCGGCUACCAAAUACGUUUGGAGGCGUUCAUUAGCAUACUCUGGCAAUUUUUUGCCAUCAUGCUGUGCAUACCCUUCAGAAAGCGGAGGAAGACCUCGAGAACGGAGACGACCGUGCCAAUCGACCUAUUGCAAGACGACGUCAAGAAGAACGAAGAAAUUGAGAAUCCCAAGUCCGACAUAGCAGUAAAACGAAUAGGGCCGAGAGACGACCUCCCAAAGCAUUCCUGGCUCGCAGCCGACGCCGAGGAGCUCCAACGCACGCACGCGGACUGUUCCUCUCGACCGUCCAGCGAUGAAGACCCUCCAAUCCCAUACACACCAACAGAUACCGAUAUCCACCCACCCACAUACCACGCCUACGAACCCUCAACCUCCGCCCCGCACCCCGAUUUCCCCGCAAACGCAAUAGCCUUCGCACUCCGCGACUCGCAUCCUCCGCAGCCUUCGUACGCAGAGGAGCUCAAUAAGGCGGAUCGGGUGGAAGUGGAGGGUGAGCAGAGCCAGUUCUUCAGCUCGAUAAAGUAUGGAGAUCAGAUAAAUAGGGGUUUGGACGAAUUAGAGAGGUUUCGGGAGGAUCGGAUGAAGGAGCUUGGGGAGGACAGUGGGUUGACAGAUGAGCAGAUCGAGCGACGGAGGAGAUUGAGUUGCUGGGAUGGCGAUGGGUGGACGGGGACAGAGGUGGAAAGUGAUGACGGAGAAGCAUCGUCAAUUCAGUCCGACAGCGCCGGUGAAGAUCGAAAAUACAGAUACAAGAACCUGAACUUCGAGCUGGGGCAGGAAAUCAGGCUGGUUGUCAUUCUCCCUGGAAAAUCUUCAGACCCUAUUCGAUGCGAGAUCGUCCACGUCAAUCUGGAAGACGAUCCUGAGUACGCGGCAAUAUCAUAUACGUGGGCUACGGAGGAUGGCGACGGCCGUAAAUCAAGGCUCGUUCAUUGCACCGACGACACUAUCUUACCGGUCACGGUGACCUGUGAGGCAAGCACUUCGACAAUCGGUUUUAUGGAUCAGAUCUAUAUGAGAGCUAGAAUGGUUCUUAUAUGUAUCCACGAUCCGCGGCUUGACUAUGGAGAAUGCGUUGACUGGAUCAAAAGCAAACGGCCGUCCCCAGAACCCUGCUUGAAAUUACGGAGGCAACUCGGGCAGCUGCUGGGCCUACGUUACUUCAGUCGCGUAUGGGUGAUACAAGAGGUUGCAUUAGCCAAGACUGCUGUCUUGAUUGUCAAUGAGGCAAGCGUGUUGCUCUCGGCCAGAGUCCUAAAGCGCUUGCAUUCUAUUUGCCAAUCUCAAGGUCGACAGAUUCCAGGCCCAUUGCAGCCUUUGUCCGGAUUGAAGGGAAGCCUUCUCAACUGCCUCGACGCUACGAGGCACUGCUCGUGCACUGACCCCAGGGAUAAAGUAUACGCAAUUCUCAGCCUUGUGGAGCCUAGGUUUCGGAAGCUCAUCUCUAUCAACUAUACUAAGGAAUCUUAUUGGGUAUUUAGUACUGUGGCUGUGGCUGCCAUUGUGCAUUAUCAGAACCUGGAUAUACUCUCCCGCGUUGGCCCACAUACGCAACCUGGGACUGUUUCUUGGAUCCCGGAGUGGAGACCACUUCCCCCUAGCAAACUGCUGCCGUUUCAACAAUUUGAGGACCAAUUUCAGGGCUCGUGGAGACGUGACAUCACCCUUGCGAUUCGCGACGGAAGAUUCGAUCAGCUCUACGAUGGAUUCUCAGACCCAAAAUCAACUGUUCAGAUUCGAAGGGGAAGAGGCAUCGAUCCGUACAUGGCGCCUAGACUUCAGGUCCGCGCUCAUCUGCUUGAUUUCGGCGUGUACACUCUUCCAGAAAGCGCGAAAUUUUACAGGACUAUCCUCAAAAAUGCGAACAAGCUUAACGAUGAGAAGUACCGCUGGAUCUUGCGUUUCUUUCGAAAAACCUUCCAAAAUGAUAUAGACCAGGAAAAUAAAUGGACCGCCUCCAGGGACUGUGCGUUGGGGGACGUAAGGGAGGAAGAGGUACCUGACUAUAAUCUGCCGGACCUUAUCUCCUUUAUACAAAGCGGUAUAAGAUCCGAACGCGGCGCGUGUAUCUUUAUGGGAACCUACAGUGUUGGGUUUGCAAAUGGUACCAGUACCUACAGCUACAAUGUUGGGGAUGAACAACACGGCUCCUUGGCGUAUAUUCACCACGUGACUGCUAUCGAUGGCGCUAAAACUCCGUUCAUAUUAAGAUGCGUGGGCAAGAGCGAGUACGAGAUCGUCGGGUAUCCUCCUCGCGAAGUACAGACGUGUACCUAG